GAACCGAAUCACCGAUAAUGCUAAUCGGGCUUGGGACGAGUUUGGGUUCCGCUAGUGAAUUUUAAGCGGGCAUCAGACCGUUGCCAACCCAACCCUUCCUUUGCCGUCAUUCAUUUCACUAUUUUUAUUUGCGAUUUGACUACUUUGCCAGUUGCCUGCCUUAUUUGUUUUGCCUAGUCCAUUAGAUUUCUUCAAGCUUCAGCGCCGGCUGUGUCUGUCAUUUGCGAUUUGUUCCAUCAGUCAUCAGUCAUCACCGUUCGUUUGGUACUCCGGCGUUGCACCUGAUAAUCUCGAAACAAAGACCUGAAGCCACAGCACAAACAUCAACAGUGACAAUACCAGAAAGACAACUACUUUCCUAGAAGCACCACUACCUGCAACAAGGUAGCAACAUUGAUUACGAGCCAAAACAACAGGAAGACUUGCAAGAACGAUAUCAGGGCAAUAAACAUGCAUUCUUUUUGGUAUAGAGCUAAUGCCUUGCUAACAUUCGCUGUCACCAUCCUCGCACUAAUGUGUGCCAUGGCUUCUCUCUCUGAUAACCUUAAUUCUCCUUCUCCCACUGCUCAAAUCCAGAUAUUAAAUAUUAAUUGGUUUCAAAAGCAGCCGCAUGGGAAUGAUGAGGUCAGCCUCACAAUAAAUAUAACAGCUGAUUUGCAGUCACUGUUUACAUGGAACACAAAGCAGGUUUUUGUAUUUAUAGCUGCAGAAUAUGAAACCCGAAAUAAUGUUUUCAACCAGGUGUCACUUUGGGAUGCUAUCAUACCAACCAAAGAGCAAGCAAAAUUUUGGGUUCAAACUGCGAACAAGUAUCGUUUUGUUGACCAGAAUAUUAUUUUUCAAUAUGCAGGGAAGCAAUCUUCGUGGUAAACAAUUCAAUUUGACUUUGCACUGGCAUGUAAUGCCUAAGACCGGCAAGAUGUUUGCUGACAAACUGGUCAUGUCUGGAUACCACUUGCCUGAGGCAUAUAGAUAGAGAUAGAUCUUUUGCAUACGUCUUUGCUGUAAAUUGAGUGAUUUGAAGUAACAGAGGAACCAUUUUUGUUAGAAACAGAAGUAACUGCAGUGAUUUGAAGCGGGAUGAUAAAGUUCUCGUCAAUUGAAAAGUUAGAAACGGAGGAACCAUUUUUGUUGAUAGAAAAUAUGUUGAGAACAGCUGCUACUGUUACUGUUUACUGAACUGAAAUUGAUGCAUGUGCUGUUAUUUUGUUAUCUUGUUAUUUUGAUAUUCUGUAUCUUUUGCUAUGAUUACAAUCUUCCAUAUCUUUGAUUAGUAGUUAGAGUUGUAAAGAUAUGAGGAGCUUAAAUUAUGUAAAAGUUUGAUGGAAAAACUUCCUGAAAUCAUGGAGGUUUGGUUAAAAAACUUCAGUUAAAAUGAUGUAUAAGUAUGAUCCAUGUUCUAGUAAACAGAGUGAACUCUUUUCUGCUCAA